CUUAGACACGAGUGGCAGUUUAUGGAUGACGGAGAGAAAUCAAUCUGAGGGUUGGUCUAAAGCUAGGCAUAAACUACUCAAGAGUGCAGUUGGCGCAAGUUCAUAUUUAUUCAGCACGUCCACAGCCUUGACUACGCCUCAAGCUACCCUGAUUCAAGACACUUCGAAAGUCAUGAAGAGCACGCAAACGCCGACAAGCAAGACCGGAACUCCCCAACCGGCUCUGAAAUCAAACGAAACAAGCGAUUGUUGCGCUGGUCUUGUCCAAAGUCAGUCUUUGGUCACAAUUCUGAUUUGGUUGCUCGUGUGUUGCUUCAGUUGCUUGGUCUUGAGCGGCACUGUCAUUGCGUGGCUGACCCUGAGGAUGAGUAAAAUGCAAACCUCUUCGAGACAGAUACCGAUGGACAAUCGUGCGGAAAUUCCGGACGACCCAGUGUACGACGACGUCGCACCUGAAAAUUCCGAACCGGGCAUACCUGAGAAUAAUCCUGUUGAACCGCUGUACUCUGAAGUUGACCCUGAUUACGCCAGUGCCAGGAACCCUCCUCCUGAGCCCUACGAGGUACCUUUGCAUCUGAUGGGAAAAGCCAAAGCGGGAAAAUCAUCAGAACCGGUGUAUGACGAUGUUGGUCCGACGGAGCCGGAUAAUAUUUACGAUGACGUCGGACCAGGGCCUUCUUCAGGGCCAUCAAGGAACAAAAAAUCGGGACGCAAGCCAGCAGAGUCGGUGCAGUAUCUUAAGGUGUUACCCUAGCAGAGGCGAUUCUCGGCUUUAAUGUUCAACUAAUAAUUUAUUAUACUGUUUUUCUCAUUGUUAUAAUAAUCUCUCAGCACACAGUUGACUCCUGAGACUAAUUUAUAUAAUAUUGUGUUGCAUUUUAAUAAAUAUAGUAAGAUAAAAAUUACAAUAGAGCUGAACUUAACGCCAUAUGGUUUUACGUCAUUUUUAAUAAAGUAUUAUUUUAUUUGUAGGGAUUUUUCGAGUUAAAUAAAUAUUAUUAUCGCAUUUUCCUUA